AUGCGCUUCUUUCUCCUCCAGCCCACUGUGGUGACCCUCAUCCUCUCUGGGCUCCUAUCUCCCCCAUCCGUCACCCCACACACAGCAGGUUCAGAUGGGAUCUUCCAGGCGUCUGUGAAAAACAGGGAAAGUGCUGACAAUUCAGUAAUAUUACAUAGUCUGACUAUAUCAGGCCUAGCAUCCAAGGACACAGAAAAAAAAAAAAUCAUUGUGGACAGCCUUGUGCAUCUUAAACUAGAAUGUAUUCUGAAGGCUGGCUUCAUGCAGAUUUCCAAUCUAACAUGGAAACAUGGAGAAGAAGAAAUCAGCAGAGACCGUUAUUCAGACAAUAAUACAGCUGGUGAAUGGCGCACCACACUGGAAGUGUCUGUGGCAGAUGUGAACAGUACCGGACGUUAUGCUUGUAUUUUCAAUUCUACUACAGAAGUAAAAGCAACAUUUUAUAUAAACGCCCCUGGUGUUCAUGGUGGUGGCAAGACCUUAGUGACUUAUAAUGGAGAUUCUACAGUCCUGAAAUGUGACAGCUUCAAGUACAAUCCUGUGAAGUGGCUCUGGUAUAAAGUCAAUGGAAAUGAGCAGGUGCUUUUAAAUAUCUCUUCAGAAAGGUACAAUCAAGUCAACAAAACAGCCAAUGAGACAAAGCUGCACAUAUCAGACCUGACUGAAGUAGACAGCGGUGCAUAUGUGUGCAAGGCAGUAUUUGAGACUGGAGCCAGUGAAGGACAAGUUGACAUCGAUGUGCUCAGUUUAAUGGUGCCAUUUAAGGUCUUUCUUGCGAUCGUAGCAGAAGUUGCUGUUUUAGUAGCCGUUAUUUUAGGCUAUGAAUUGCUAAGCAAGAAGAAACACGUUGAAGAAGAUGUUAAAAGUGAAGAUGAACAAAUGACACACCUAGAAAUCUGAAGAAAACGGCACAAGUGAAGCAAGCACCACAAGACAGAGGAAAGCUUAA